CUGCUCAGCUACCCCAAGCCCCCACACGAUCAAAAUUGUCCAUGUGGAAGCACAUGCUUCCCUUUCUUUUGCUCUCCUCAAUUAUCCCCCACCUAGCCAGCCAUGAACCUUCCUCCUUUCCUCUUCCCGACUUCCCUUUCCACUCUCUCGUUCUCUCUCAAGUCCUCAAUUAUCUAGCCAUUGACGUUUCAAUGACUCUGCCACCGCCGCCGCCGCUACUCAAAUCAUCACCAGCAGCUCCUCGAACUACAGCAGCCACGCCAGCUGUGCUGCUCUUCUCGCUCAUCGUAUUCGCUGUCUCCGCUGUCAUCGUGAUCGUCGCUGCUGCUGCCUACUCCCCGAAUUUAAACAGCUCCCUCGUCCUCGCCGCCGGCUUCAUCUUCGCCUCCUUGGUUGUCGUCGUCGCCAGCAGGGCCGUCAUGGUCACUUGGAUCACCGUGCUGGUCCUGCUCGCCUUCGCCGGGAAGCGCCGCCGGGUUCUCGUCCAGCACGGCCAGAAGAUCACCACCGACAUCGUCGUCAACUUGUUUAGAUGCGCCGCCUAGCCCGGCGGCUCCCCGACCAGAUCCUCCUCCUUCCUCCAUAAUUUUGUGCAGAGGGUUUAACUUUUAAUUCUGGGGUCUUGCUCAAAAAGGGAAUACUAUUCCCCUGUUUUUUUUUUUCUCCUUCUUUCCCUUUUCAUCUGUGUAUUCUGUAAAUGUAAUCGUUGAAUCUCACCAAUACGAAAGAAUAGUUGGGCAUGCUCUGACUGUUUGAAGGACCAUGAGCCGGAAAAAGGAUAGUUGCGUUACUUCCAUCAUCGGAAAGAGAGGUUGGCUCGUAUUGGUCCGAAGCAAAGAAAGAAAAAAAAAGAUGGGUUCUUCUCUUUCGCCCAACAUAGGCCACUCCAUGUGAGAGAGAGAUAAAAUAAAAGGAGUUGCAGAAGCUAUAGCACCAUCCAACCCCGAACACACGUAAAGGUGGAAACUAAAUUUGUACACUUUAG